AAUAUCCGUAAGAGUCUGCAAAAUUUGAAAGUCAUCAACAACAGAAACUGAACUCUCUCACUCUCAGAGGGUUUGAAGCAUCGGGGGUUUUUUCUUUUUUCCUUCUUCCUUUCUAAUGGAGCUUCUUCAAGUUGAUGCGAAAAUGUUGAUGUCCCUUGUUCUGCUAGGGUUUAUAGGAUUGUUGGUGCGCUUGUACAAUGGGCUUGUGUCGAAGCCGAAGAAGCUGAGGUCCCUGCUAACCAAGCAAGGCAUUAGCGGACCCCCGGCUACUAUUCUUCUGGGAAACAUUAUGGAGAUAAAGAAUUCUCGAGGCUCCAGCAAUGUUUUCAAGGAGGGUGAAGCUCCCACCACGCAUAAUUGUGCUGCUCUGCUCUUUCCAUUUUUUGAGAAGUGGAGGAAGCAAUAUGGUGAAGUGUUUGUGUUUGCACUUGGCAACACACAAAUAUUAUAUGCGAACCAACCAGACGCAGUGAGGGAGAUUACAACAUGCACGUCUUUAGACUUGGGGAAGCCUACUUAUCAAUAUAAAGAGCGCGGCCCUUUGCUUGGUCAAGGUAUUUUGACCUCAAAUGGCGCCUCAUGGGCCCACCAACGCAAAGUCAUUGCUCCUGAACUAUACAUGGAGAAAGUUAAGGGAAUGAUCAACUUAAUUACAGAGUCAACAACUACUCUGAUAAAUUCAUGGAACAGUAGGAUUGAGGCAGAGGGAGGAGUUGCCGACAUAAAAAUUGACAGCUACAUAAGAAGUUUCUCUGGUGAUGUAAUCUCAAGAGCUUGUUUUGGAAGCAACUACUCCAAAGGGGAAGAGAUAUUUCAGAAACUAAGAAAUCUCCAGGAGGCUAUGUCCAAGAAAAUCUUUUUGACUGGAGUUCCUGGAAUGAGACACCUUCCCACGAAGAGCAACAGGGAAGCUUGGGCAUUAGAAAAGGAGGCUAGCACUUUGAUCCUGCAAGUAGUGAAGGAAAGACAAGCAGCAGGAUAUGAGAAAGACCUCUUGCAAAUGAUUCUUGAGGGUGCUCGAAACACUGAUCUCAGCCCAGAAGCAACAGACCGCUUCAUUGUUGACAAUUGCAAGAACAUUUACUUGGCCGGCUAUGAAACCACAGCGGUUUCAGCCACUUGGUGCCUCAUGUUGUUGGCUUCAAAUAAAAAAUGGCAGGAACGUGUCAGGGCAGAGGUCCUUCAAAUUUGCCAAGGCCAAAUUCCUGAUAACGAAAUGGUUCGCAAGAUGAAACAGCUAACAAUGGUGAUUCAAGAAUCACUGCGGCUAUAUCCACCGGUUACUGUGGUGUCAAGGGAGGCUUUCAAGGACAUGAAAUUUGGGGACAUAAGUGUUCCAAAGGGUUUCAAUGUUUGGACCACAGUAGUGACACUGCACACUGAUCCAGAAAUAUGGGGCCCAGAUGCCUACGAAUUCAACCCAGAUAGGUUUGCAAAUGGGAUCACAGGUGCUUGCAAGCUUCCCCACUUGUACAUGCCGUUUGGGGUUGGACCAAGAGUGUGUCUUGGACAGAACUUGGCCAUGGUUGAGCUCAAGGUUCUCCUAGCCCUCAUAGUCUCCAACUUCUCCUUCUCACUUUCUCCCAAGUACAAAUAUGGACCGGCGCUUAGAUUGGUUGUGGAGCCAGAGCAUGGAGUUGAUCUCCUAGUGACGAAGCUGUGAGCUGUUUUAUUAGAUUGGAUCUUUUUUAACUAUAAACUUUCUUGUGACAAAACAGAGUAAGGGUUAGCUUCCUGGCUGUCUGUAGUUUACAAGUUUGUUCACUUGUUUAAGCCUAUAGCAUAUAAAGUUGCUUGUUCUAAUAAUGCAUCUUUAAUAUUUCAUCAUUUUCACUCCUUGUAUGGUUUAUUGAAGUGAAUGAUAUCACCAAUUAGUUCUUGA